UAUUCUGGGAAGGGAAAAAAAUUGCCCGAAGCUUUUCCUCCCGCGAACGGCGAGGGAGAUUCUCGGCGUCCAAACCUCCCGCAAACGUCGAUCGGCGGAGCGAUUUUCCUCCCGCGAUCGGCGAGGCAAUUCCACCGAUAGGCGAAGGAGAUUCCGGCGAUUGGCGGCGAGGCAAUUCUGGCGAUCGGCGGAGCGAUUUUCCUCCCGCGUCGGCGAGGCGAUUCCAGCGAUAGGCAAAGGAGAUUCCGGCGAUUGGCGGCGAGGCAAUUUCUAGCGAUUGGAGAGGCGAUUUUCCUCCUGCGAUCGACGACGGCGAGUUCCACUCUCCUCCAGCCAACGGCGAACGCGUUUUUCCAGCCAACGGCGAGGCGUUUUUCUUUGAAUGAUGGAUUCUGCUCCUAUAACAAUGGAUGAAGUGGUUGAUGGAGCUAAUGAACAAAAAACGGGAGAAACUGGAACUGAAACAACAAUGGAUGUAGAUAUUCAGGAAACAACAGUACAACGUGAAAUCGGUAUGAAAUCUUGUCUGAUGUUUGUAAUGAUUCUUGUUACAUUUUGUAUUCUUAGUAUGUUUUUCUUUGGAUGUUUGUAUACUUAGUAUGUUUUUCUGCUCUGUUCUGUACAUUUUGUAUUGUAAGUCUUCAUAUAUGAUGAUUGUUAUGUUUGUACAAACAGUGCAAACAGUACAAACGUAUGGUUUAUGCAGUUUGUACGAAAUACCGUAUGGCUUUAUAGCUUUAGUGCAUCAGUUUGUAUGGUUUAAUUAUGUUUGUAAUGUUAGUAUGUUUUUCUUUGACAGUUUGUACUCUUAGUAUGGUUUUCUGUUGCUGUUUGUACUCUUAGUAUGGUUUUCUGUUGCUGUUUGUAUUCUUAGUAUGUUUUCUGUUAUAGUUUGCAUUCUUAGUAUGUUUUUCUUUGACAGUUUGUAUUCUUAGUAUGUUUUUCUGCUCUGUUCUGUUUCUGCAGAUGAUGAGAUCAAAAUAAUACCAAGCAAUGAAGAAACGUGGAUGGACCUUCGCUUUGACACAAAAGAUCAUGGAUUGCUGUGGUACAAAUGCUAUGCACAUAAUAAGGGAUUUUAUGUUAGAGAAACAGGAGGGGUUAAGAGAACAAGCAAUAACAAACCGUGUGAAGUUGUAAGAUAUUUUGGGGGCAGAUGCAAUAAGGAAGGUUGGCGAAAAGGUAGUACAAAUAAUCCAGCAAAUGACGACCAUGUUGACCAACAACCUAGAAGCAGAAUUAGAAAAGAGGAUAGAUGGGAUUGCAAAGCAGUGAUACGCUUCCAGUUUGAAGAUAGUUCCCAAAAAUACUACAUUUCAAGCUGGUUAGAUGAGCAUAAUCACAAGAUGAUCCCACCAUCAUCAAGACAAUUCAUGAGAUCAAAUAGAACGAUGAAUGAAGUGCAAAAGUUCUUGAUUGACAUGUAUCACAAAGCUGGAAUAUCGAUACAAUCAUCAUUUCAAGCAUUAUGCUUGGCUCCCGGAGGAAGAGAAAAUGUUGGCUUCACACAAAUGGACCACAAGAAUUAUAUCCGUACUAAAAGGUGGGUUUUGCACAUUUUAUAAGCUUUUUGAUCUGUUUUAUAUUGUUUAUACUAUUUGAUUUAUGUACUUUGUAUGUUUUGGUAAUAUUCUUUGUACUGUUUGUAUACUUUGUAUGUUUUGUCUAAUCCUUUGUACUGUUUGUAUACUUGGGGACUAAAAGGCAAAAAACAAUGAAGUUUGGGGAGGCAACAAUGAUUUAUCAUCAUUUCAAAAGUGAAGCUUCAAUGGACCCAGCUUUCUUUUAUGAGAUCCAAGUUGACAUCAAUGAAGAAAUUGCAAGUAUUUUCUGGGCGGAUGGACGCAUGAGAAUGGACUAUUUCUAUUUUGGUGACACCAUCAGCUUUGACACAACAUACCGCACCAACAAGAAUGCUUGCCCAUUAGGUACUACAAUUUUUUUAAUUUUCACUAACAUGUAUGUUUGUAAUGAUUUUCUUCCAUAUUUGUCAUGAUUCUGUUGCUGUUUGUCUUCUUUGUAUGUUUUCUGUUGCUGUUUGUAUUCUUAGUAUGUUUUUCUAUUACAGUUUGUAUUCUUUGUAUGUUUUCUGUUGCUGUUUGUAUUCUUAGUAUGUUUUUCUGUUAAAGUUUGUACUCUUAGUAUGUUUUUCUUUGACAAUUUGUAUUCUUAGUAUGUUUUUGCAAUAUGUCAGUUUUGUUAAACCUCAUUACUAAUUUUAAACAAAAUUUUCAUUUCAGCUUUAUUUAUGGGCUUCAAUAACUAUAGAGAAACAUGUGUUUUUGGUGCUGCCCUACUCUAUGAUGAGACAUCAGCCACAUUUGAUUGGCUCUUCAAACAAUUUCUCAUUUGCAUGAACGGGAAGGAACCGGGAGCUGUUUUUACCGAUCAAGCGGCAGCAAUUGCUGCUGGUAUUAGGACAGCAUUGCCGCGCACUUAUCAUGGGUUGUGCACAUUCCAUAUAACAAUGAAUGCAAAGAGUAAUGGGUUGUGGUGGUCACCAUUUUUGGAAGAGCUUUCCUUCUUGAUGUAUGAUUUGGAGACAGAGGAUGAAUUCGACUAUUAUUGGAAGAAGAUGCUUGAGAAUUGCUUCAAUGAAGAAGAAGAAGAAGAAGAAGGGAAGAAAUUAACAAGUAAGAUUGAGGCAUGGCUGCAAAACCUCCACAAAGUGAGAAGUAAAUGGUCAUCGGCAUGGCUGAAAGAUCAUUUUGCAUGUGGAAUGAGAAGCUCACAACUCAGCGAGAGUUGCAACAGCCAUUUGCGUAAGUAUCUCCAGUCGAAACUUACUUUGUGGGAGUUUUUUAUACAAUUCAACAACUUUCUUGAAGCCAAAAGACAUAAGGAGUUGAGAAGUGACUAUGAAGCAUUGAACACUAUUCCAUACUUGGUUUUCACAAACAGUGAGGUUCUUCAACAGUUUGUUACCAAAUAUACACAAAAUAUAUUUGGGAACAUGCAAGAUGAAUACUCCAAGUCAAUCAAAUACCAUAUACGACCAAACAACUCCAAGGAUAUAGAUGGAAUGUUUGCAUAUGAGCUUCACAAACUAGAUCAGCAAAGAAAUCCUAUUGAUAAGAGGAUUGUUAUUGUUGACUUUGUGGAGCGUAAGCUGAUUUGCUCAUGCAAGAUGUUCGAGAAGUGUGGAUGGCUUUGUCGCCAUGUGUUGCGCGCAAUAGAUCACCUCGGCUAUGGAGGACACCCAGAAAUCUUGAAUAUUCACACACGCUACAUAUUAAACAGGUGGACAUAUGAUGCAAAAUCUGGAGAUUUCACACUACCGGCAGUACAAGAUACAGCAGAGAGGGUGUACUGUUCAAUGGUGAAACAACUUACUGGAUCCAUGAAUUUGCUUGCAACACACACUUGUAUGGAUGAUGACAUAUACAAGAUGCUCGAGGAAGGAAUGCAAGCAUUGAAGAUUCGUGCUGAAUCCAUGAUGCCUGCCAUGAAGUUUGGCCAGCCUAGCACAAGCACAGGUAUGAAACACUACCUUUAAUUUGGUGCAGGUUUGAGGUUUGUAAUGAUAUCACUUACUGUUUGUAUCCUUAGUAUGUUUUUUCAUAACAGUUAGUAUUCUUUUAGUUGAUAUUCAUAUCAAUGACUGUUAGUAAUGAUAUUAGAUAAAGUUUGUAUUGUUAGUAUAUUUUUUCUGGUCUGUUUCUUUGUAGGAUAAGUUUGGCUACAAAAACUUACUAUUGUUGUUAAAUCCUUUGUUUUUUCCCUAUUCUAGAAGCAGAAUUGAAUCCAGCAAGUUCAGAGAGUGAACCACAUUGGGCGAAAGCAUUAAAAGUCAGGACUGAUCCAUUUAAAUCAAGGACAAGGAGGAAGAAUCGAAUUGAAAUCAUUCGAGAAAAGAGAAGACAAACAAAGUUAUAAGAAAGGGCAGCGGAAGGAAAGUAAAUACAUGAUACCUGCCAUGAAAGUAAAUACAAGCAGCAGGUUUGUAAUGAUAUCACUUACUGUUUGUACCCUUAGUAUGUUUUUUCAUAACAGUUAGUAUUCUUUUAGUUGAUAUUCAUAUCAAUGACUAUUAGUAAUGAUAUUAGUUAAAAUUUGUAUUGUUUGUAUAUUUUUCUGUUAUAUACAAAAACUGACUACUGCUGUUUAAUCCUAUUGUAGAAGUGGAAACAAAGUUACAAGGACAAGGAGGAAGAUUCGUACUGAAAUCAUUCAAGAAAGGAGAAGACAAACAAUGUUACAAGAAAGGGCGGAUGACAGAAUAUAAAUACAUAGACAGAACUACUUGCCAUAUCAUAUAUUACUUGAUAGAUACAUAGAUAAAUUUGAGUGAUUGCAUAGAUGCACAGAUAAAGUGAAUAAUUGCCA